AUGGCGGUGAUUCGCCAGAACUCCACUGACUUCAUCCUCUUGGGCCUCAUCACCCAUCCGGCAUUCCCCGGGUUGGUCUUUGCAGUGGUCUUUUCCAUCUUUGUAGUGGCUGUCACAUUGAACUUGGUCAUGAUUAUGCUCAUUCGUGUGGACUCUCAUCUCCACACCCCCAUGUACUUCUUGCUCAGCCAGUUGUCCAUCAUGGAUACUGUCUACAUCUGUAUCACUGUCCCCAAGAUGCUCCAUGACCUCCUGUCCAAAGAAAAGACCAUUUCCUUUCUGGGAUGUGCACUGCAAAUAUUUCUCUACCUGACCCUGAUGGGGGGGGAAUUCUUCCUGCUGGGCCUCAUGGCAUAUGACAGGUACGUGGCUGUGUGCAACCCUCUGCGGUACUCUAUAAUUAUGAAUCCCAGGGUUUGUGUGCUUAUGGUGCUGGGCUCCUGGACUGGUGGUUCCUUAGAUGGAUUCAUGCUGACACCUGUAACUAUGAGCUUUCCCUACUGUGGGUCUUGAGAGAUCAAUCACUUUUUCUGUGAAAUCCCAGCUGUGUUGAAGCUGUCCUGCACAGACACAUCACUCUAUGAAACCUUGAUGUAUGCUUGCUGUGUGCUGAUGCUGCUCAUCCCAAUAUCCUUCAUCUCAGUCUCCUAUACGCGCAUCCUCAUCACCGUCCACCACAUGAGCUCUGCUGAGGGCCAGUGCAAAGCCUUUGCCACCUGUUCCUCUCACAUUAUGGUGGUGAGCAUCUUCUAUGGGGCAGCCUUCUAUACUAAUGUACUGCCCCAUUCCUACCACACACCAGAGAAAGACAAGGUUGUGUCUGCCUUCUACACCAUUCUCACCCCCAUGUUGAACCCGCUCAUCUACAGCUUGAGGAACAGAGAUGUGACUGCAGCUCUAAGAAAAGUACUAGGGAGAUUUGCAUCUUCUCAGAGAUUACAAGUGGGAGAUGUUCCUGGAAAAUUCUAG